AUGCAGAGUUCUCGGCAGACCGCGUACGGAGCCCUGCCCGUCGUCGACGACCAACAGAUGGGCGCAGAGUCCAGGAUCGGCUCGGCGCCCGACUAUCCCGAGGAAAAGCCUCGACGCCGUUCCCAGCCUCGGCCGCAGACUCUCGAUAAGCCGUGGGUGAAACGAUGCAGACGGGUGAUUGUCGACCUGGUUCUCGCGGCUUUGGCGUUGCUCUUUGGCGUAUUCGGGCUCUGGGCGUACAGCGUGAAUGGAAGCCCCGCCGAGCCCGGGUCUACCGGCGUGAUGCUGGUCAGGAUGUCUCAAUACGCGCCCACCAUCUUCCCUGUCCUCUUUGCUGCCAUUGCCGGGGCGACGAUGAAGAACGUCGCGUCGUGGCGCAUUCAGGCCAGUCAAGGGGCGACUCUCGGCUCGCUCGAACAGUGCCUUGGGAGUCAAACGAUAUCGCGGGCCUUCACGACGCAGAUCAACCUUCGAACCUACAACUUGCUCGGCCUAUCCAUCGUCGCCCUCUGGUGUCUGUCUCCCUUGGGGAGUCAGGCGUCUCUCCGAGUGAUAUCCGUUAUAUCCAAGAGCGAAAUCGACUUGAGGAUGCUGAGCACCGUCGACACGUUUGGUGGAUUCCAAGAAAUUUACACCCAAAGCGCAUACACGGCUCGCGGUAGAGUUGUUCAAACGACUGUUCCCUCUGCCGUGGUCACUUCACUGAUGGCGGCCAAGUUCCUGAAGAGCCGCAACCAGGACAUUUGGGGAAACGUCCGUCUUCCCGCAAUCCAAAACCUUGAGAGGAGCAGCAAGUCCGACGGCGAGUCCGGCUGGAUCGACCUUUCGGGGGACGACCCUAUAGAGUACGCGUCUCUCAUCGGCACGCCGGUGGCCAACCUGGCCACGCACGGCAACACAUCCUUUGUUCUUCCCGGCUCCUAUUUGACCCUCUCGUGCCCGACGAUAAGCCUCGUUUCGAAUCAGUCUCUUCUGAGCAACUGGACCAGCAACCCGCCAGCCUUAAGCCCCGAACUCCAGGGCAACCAGACCGACAACGUUUGGGCGGUUGGCGAAGGUGCCAAACCCCAGUAUCAGGCUGCCAUCUCUCUUCGCGACUGGGACGACCCGAAUCUUGGGGUUACGCGAGCUCCAGACGCCCGAAAGCUGAUAUGGGAAUCCAGCUAUCCGAUGGAUGCGGAUGAGUGGGGGAAUGAUAUGGACCUGUCCAUCAUCAGCUGGGCCGAGUGCGACCUGACCACGACGCACACCGAGACGCAGGUGACUUGCAUCGCCAGCAUAUCCGGCGACUCGUCCGGGAGCAUUUGCCACCCGCACGCCGUCCGGCGGUCUCCCAAGCCCCCGUUCCAUGGCAAUUGGACAGUCCUCGAUAAGACGGAUAGUACCGAGUCAGCCGUGCUGGACUUCCUCACCAAUCUGUUCCCGCUCCUCGCAUCUUCCAGCCAGACCCGCCAACCGGCGCUCGUCUACCUGACGAACCCCUUCCGCGCGGUGGGGGGCGAUGAUCUUGGUCCGGUCUACAACACGACUGACCGGGCCACGUUCGAACUCUCCCUGGCGCAGAUGCUUAACUCGAUUCUCUACGUCGGAAUCGACGCGCCAACGUUCACGGGGUCGUUCAAUAGUUCGGACCCUGAUCGGGGCACUCGCUUGUUUGACCCCUUUACCAGAAGGGAUGAUUAUGACUACAUGCUUAACAUCACCGGCAACGUGACCUCUCGGCACGACGUCAUCUAUUGCGACCGGGCCUGGCUCGGCGUGCUCAUAAUCUCGUCCCUGGUCGCCUUCCUCUGCGCGAUCGCGGGUGCCGUCUUGCGCAUGAUGACGCUCACGCCCGACGUGCUCGGGUCGACGUCGAUCGCGCUCCUGCACAACCGGGUCGGCGGGCUGGAGGGCUCCUCUGGAUGGUCGUCUGACGAAUGGGUCAGGCACUUCAAGGACGCCAGGCUGCGCCUCGGCGACAUCGAGCCGGCGGCCGAGGUUGGGCGGAUUGGCCUGGCGACUCUGGACGACGGAGCCGUUGGCGUAGUAAAGAGUGGAAGGUAUUACAACUGA